AUGGAACAAAUGCCACGAGGGGGCAUGCACGGCAAACGAUGUUAUCACAUCACCCCCCAGGAGCAAUUAGCCGAUGGGUCUUCUUCGCCCAACAUCUCUGAUGUCGCAAGUAUCCAAAGUCCUGCUUCGCAGAUUUCAAGGCGGGAUCCAGUAGCCCGAGAUAGAUCUGCAUCUCCACGAGGGGAGCGAUCAAGUGCCUCCUCACUCCAGAAUUUGGUGGAACAAGAGGCUGAAUCUUUUUCCUCCCCUGAUGCAGCCACGCCUGCAGAGGUCGAGCAAGAGUCUCGACGUUUUGCGUGCGACUCUAACCCUAUAGCGACUCUCAUGGAACAGCACGAGUCAAGGUUGCAGAAGGGUCGAUCCCAGAAAGGGGAUGUGGGUGCAUGGUUAAGCGCCGAGGAGAGUCCCAUUGAUGAGGGCGGAACCCCUAGCUCCUUUUCACAAACAGCACCAGGCACCUAUGUUCAUCCGGAUUGGCUGCCCUCAAAAGGCUGUCAAGAGGCAUUGAUAGAGAUAUAUUUCCGUCGGAUACACCCAUUGCUGCCUCUUCUUGACGAAGACAAGGUCAGAAGCCAGCACAGAGUGGGUACACUCAAUCCGCGGCUUUUGCAAGUGAUUUGUCUUGUUGCAGCGAAGGACCGGGGUGCGGCGCCCUUCCUAUGCCUUGGUCUCCAUUCAAAACCACUCCCACUAGAGAAAUUUAGCAACAUCCUCUAUACUGAUGCUAUGCGAAAUAUCUCGAGAAGGGCUGAGAAAAAGGUACUUGCGAUACAAAUCCUGGCACUUCUGUCACUGCACGAAUGGGGCUCCACCGGGUCUGAGGAUGGUUCUUUGAACCUGGCUCAGGCUAUUCACCAUGCCCAGACUAUGGGGUUGCAUUUGAUGAGGCCAGACCAACACGCUGGUACAUCUUCCAGGGGCAUCUUUUGGUGUCUGUGGAGUCUAGACCGAUGGAACGCUGCUAUGAAUGGGAGGCCUUUAAUGAUACACGACGGAGAUAGGAGCCAAGGAGUGGAUGAUGUUGUUUCAACAUUCCAAUCGCCGUUUCGUGUCUGGCUUCGAGUUACCGAUAAGCUCGGAGAAGUGAUUAAUUUGUACCGACCGAUCAUGAAAGGCGUUGAUCAAAGCGAAGUCGAUCUUCCCUCCUUUGAAGAUAUUGUGGAGCAAUGUGAGGCCUGGGACAUGCCUACAGACCUUCUUGAGUCCCUCGAGUUUGUUUAUCAUUCUGUGAUUAUUCUCUCAACACAUUCUAGCGGGUUGCAAGGUCGUUCACGGCCACGAGCGUCCAAAAUCCGACAAGGUCAUUCAAUACUUACCAUCGCGUCGCUCAGUUGCAAUCAAGAUAUUCGGAAUUUCCUGCCGUUUCCCAUGAUUGGUUACACCAUAUCGCUCGUCUUUUCGGUUACGUACAAGCAGCUCAGAGAAAGCAAACUGCCAAGUGCACGCCACACGGCCAUUUCCCAACUCCGCCUAUUCCAUGAUUGUCUCGAGAAGAUGAGCACCACAUGGUGGUCGGCCGCUGUGAUGGCUCGUCUAGGCCAGCGUGUGUUGAACAACAUCCAGCCCACCAUAGAUCAAGAACGUUCCACAGGUCCAGAAAUCAAUAUCACCCGACUAAACUCUCUGCCGGAAUCGAGCCAGAUCUCUUCUCAGCCACCUGUUUCCGCGGAUAAUAUGCCGUCGCACUCGGGUAUCGACAUUGCACAGGUGGCGAGACAGAUUAAUGCAGGAUCUCAGACCACACACCCUCUGGCUGAUCGGGGAUCGGACAAACCUUGGAAUGCCGAAGUACACACAUCGCCAUUUUUAACAGCAACUGAAAUUGAGGAUUUCGAUACCUUUUUCGGCAAUUUCCUGGAUGUCGGCUUUCCGAACUGCUCGAAUGAUCAAUUAUUGCUAGAUCUGGAUAUGCCCGAGUUCGAAUUUGAUAAUGGUUUAGCUUGA